AUGGGGGAACCAGCGGCGCACAACGUCGCUGACGUUUGCAUUGGUGCACAAUGCCCGUCCUAUCAAGAGACCAAGGAAAUGAUUGUCGCCCCGUUCCUCCAACGUGGAUGUUCCAGAGCUCUCCCAAGACCUCCAGAGGAAUUACGACACCACCGGCUUCUGGUGGGCUUCACCCCAGAGGGGCUCCCCUGUGUUGCUCGCAUCGACCCACGCCUGAGGCAGUGGACAACUGACGACACCUCCAUUCGCUCUUUUUCGCCACGGAUUUUUACCUCGCUUUGGGGUGGCCAGGAUGUCUCUUGUCACUUUGCCCCUCUUAGCACAUUGCUCACAGCCAAGCGGUUGAGGGACUUGGAGGCGGCCCUAUGGGCCAGCCGGAAGGGUAUUGCCGACAACAACAUCGACAGCGCGGCAGAGCAGAAGUCUGAACAGGACGCCUUGACCAGAUUUGGAAGGGAUGGUCUUGACCAAGCGGCACGCGAGUUUCAGAAUGCCAACCCAACCACCUAUAUCUCAAAGAUCCAACUCAUCCACGCAGCUCUUAUGUACUUCUGGGUCAAGAGCAGCAAGAACCUUCGAGGGGAAGCCGCUCGUCCAGACAACCCCUAUCUCAAAGGCUAUUUUGUCCCCGAUUUGGCAAUGGGUGUCUUUCUCGCCUACUUCCCGACUUGGCUGAAAUUCCACGAGCUCUUCAGACUUGGUGCCUACAUCCACCCAUUUGACUUCAUUUCGAGCGUCUACUCCGGCGACCUGAAGGCUUCAGACCAGUACUUUGUGCAUGGUGCCAGCUGGGAAGUGAAAUUUGGGGCGCUGAAAGACUUUGAAGAUCCCUUCGCACUCCUGACCCCUGCCAUGCAAGAGGGCUCUGCACCUGGCGGGCCAUUUCUUCCUCUGGAGUGCACUCUCAGCGAAGUUCAUCACCGUAUGGGCCUGGGAUCGAUCUGGACAAUCGGCUUGCCUUUGAUGCCUGCAUCUAUCGAGGGGGGUGGCACGAAGUCCUGCUACAGGCUUUAUGCCUUCCCCAAACAUUGGCAGACAGAGCUGCCAGGCAAACACGGCUACAUACUCCCCAGAACGCCCUUGGCUACCAUGGCCAGCGUCACCACUUCCAUCAGCGAAAGCAUCAUCGAACGGGAAUGGGACAGAAUGUCUUCUCACAUUGACCGUCGCCAUGAUAGAGUCGCUUACCACAUUGGCGUCAAACUCGGAACACCAAAAGGAAAGAUGCACCCUGGAUGGACCACGCAUCUUCCUGGCAAAGACGGCCUCCUCUGCCAGAGAUAUGGCUGCCAUGACCUCACUAAAGCCCAGUUUAAUCCUACAGCGACUGAGUCAGAGUUGCAGAAUGACAUAUCUAGGAGUCUCUCGCCAACCCAGUCUCUCACCCCAACCCGGCCACAAGUGCGAUUUGGCAGCCCCAUCAACCUUAUUGAAGUUGAUCCGGCAGAUGCGGUCCACUUGAGUCCAGCAAAUAUCAAGCCGGAUUCUUUUCAGGCUCAGACUGUCCCAAGUGUACCAGUUGAAGUCCAUGGUCCGCCAGUCACUCCACAACCCUCCCAGACCCUUCACACCACAUUGAAGCGGAGGGCAACUGAUGACUUGUAUCAUCCUGGAACUCCCAAAAAGAUGAAGACGGCCGCAGAAACCCACUUGAACUUGGAGGGACUCGAUGCCAACGACGCAGGCAGGGUCAUGGGCUAUGCCCACAAGGAGGUCCUGGGCUUUGCCACAAUGGCAGGUCUUCUCAACCCCACGCACUUUGAGGUUGGUCCCAGUGGCACUAUUGGACUCACGGAAUCUGGGCUUAUGGCGGCUGCAGGCCCUGACCUUACUACAGCCGACCCCAAAGCGUAUGAGGACUGGGAAAGACGAAGGUGCGCCCUGAUGGCUACUGAGGUGCGUUAUUUCAUGCACCGGGGAGGCUUCUGGGAGGAUGGACAUGCAUCUAUGGUCCUGUUGACGGAUAUGCUGGAUGAGAAAUUUGAGGUUGCGCCAGAAGACCUCUUGGGGCACAUCACGGCGAUGUACGAGCUCAUCGCGGAUCCCCUUGCAGAUCUUCUAGAUACUGUGAAGACUCUCAAGAACCAACGACAUGAGCCCAUGUCAGAGGAGAUGAAAACAUCUAUCAUGGGAGCCCUCAAUGUACUCUACAGCCAGCAUGAGGGUGACGGGCCCUCUCCUGCUACCCUUUUGCGAGUAGCCAAUACCCACCCAGGGAGACCUCGAUUGGAGAUGGCGCAGUAUCUUGUUGGCAUCGCCGAAAAGUACCUCAACAUGGUUAUCUUUAGCGAUGGGAUUCUGAAGUGCACCAAGUGCACAUGGUCUGGCCCUGUCGAGAAUGCCCAGCAGUUAGCUCGGUCUUUGGCCCAGCAGAAACAGCUGUCAACCGGUAUCCAAGGGCUGCUGGAUGCUGAUGGCGACGAGUGUUGA